GAGGUGAGCAGAAACGCGUAAGAUGAAGUAAAGUCAGCAGAGCAAAAGGAAGCUUGUUGACACAGCAGAAACAGCCGAAGAGGAAAAAGGGGAAGAGGAAAGCCAUGUGACAGUUAGUGCUGCACUUGUUUAUUCUCCUCCGUUGUGUCUAAAAUGUACUCGAUGGACGACACACCGGUGGUCAGGCAUGUCCAGCUGAAUGACGGCACACGAAUGCCCCUCCUGGGCCUCGGCACAUGGAAGCCCUCUCAUGUCCAGCGGUCCUUGGUCCAGGGGGCAGUGGAAACUGCUAUAGCAGCUGGUUAUCGCCACGUUGACACAGCCUUCUGCUACAAGAAUGAGGUGGACAUUGGCAAAGCUUUGCGCUCCAAAAUGGAUCAGGGCAUCAUCCGGCGUGAAGACAUGUUUAUCGUCAGCAAGUUGUGGUGUACUCAUUAUGAACCAGAGGACAUUCCUGUGUGUCUUAACAAGUCCCUGAAGGACCUCCAGCUGGACUACUUGGAUCUUUAUCUUGUGCAUUUCCCCGUCGGCCUAAAGAAAGUGGGUGAUGAGCUUUUCCCGAAAAAAGAUGGAAAGAUUCGGACCUCUGAUGUGGACUAUGUUGAUGUGUGGAGGGGCAUGGAGGCCCUGCAGGCCACAGGGAAGGUGAAAAAUAUUGGUGUUUCUAAUUUCAGCAUCCAGCAGCUGGAGAGACUGAUGGCUCUGUGCAGAGUCCCCCCCGCCGUUAAUCAGGUGGAGCUGCAUCCCUACAUGGCCCAAACGGACAUGAUAGAGUUCUGCAAAUCCAAAAGCAUUGUGCUGACAGCUUACAGCCCCUUUGGUUCCCCAGGAAGACCCCCUGAACUGUUAAGGAGCAACACAGAUCCCUACAAGCUGCUGGAGGACCCCGUUGUUGCUGAAAUAGCCAGAAAGCACAAACGCAGCCCUGCACAGGUGUUGCUCAGGUAUCAUGUCCAGCAGGGCAUUGCAGUCAUUCCUAAAAGUGAGAGACCUCAUCACAUCCUUGAAAACACAAAGAUCUUUGACUUCAGCCUCACUGAAGAAGACGUGAAUGCACUGAGAGGUCUGGACCGAGGGUGGAAGUCCUGCGUUUUGGACGAGAUCAAGUCUCAUCCUUACUACCCUUUUGAAUGAGUCAGAAGAAGCCAAACUGGAUG